GACGGUUGAUUCACGUGUGAACGAUAUAACGGUGCGGCUGGACAACCGGUUGCGAAUAAGCGAUUCACUCGUUACAUAAUAAUAGUCGUUCUAAAAAUAGAAUAGCUGUAGUAAACAAGGCUUAAAUUAGAAUCGUGAUAUCGAAGUGUUUGGCGCGUUUGUGAAUUGAAUAACUUUUCGUAAUGUCGUUAAUACCGAUGUUGUUCUCCGACUGGUGGGAGGAUCUAGACCGACCUCAUCGCUUGUGGGAUCAACACUUUGGCACGGUAGUAGAUCCAGAUGAUAUGCUGGAUCUAGAGCCUCUGACUACAGAUGUCCUGCUCUAUCGACCAUCAUCCAGACGACUCCGAAAACGCUACCAGCCGUUCAUCAAGAGCAGAAGGCACGGAAAAGGUGCAUCCACGGUUCAGGCAGAUAAAGAUAAGUUUCAAGUGACUCUGGACGUCUCACAAUUUGCGCCAGACGAGAUUAACGUCAAAGUAGUGGACCAGAACGUUGUUGUCGAGGCCAAACACGAGGAGAAAGAAGACGAACACGGUUGGGUCUCCAGACAGUUCGUCAGAAAAUAUAUUAUACCGUCGCAGUGCGAUAUCAACCAAGUAGAAUCGCAUUUGUCCUCCGAUGGUAUCUUAUCUAUCACUGCACCAAGGAAAGAACCUUUAAAGUCGAAAUCAAACGAGAAGGUUGUAAAAAUACAAUACACGGGUAAACCUGCGUUAACCAAUUGCGAAAGUCAACAGAAUGAUACUGAAACGCAGAAUGAACAGCCUCAGCAAAGGGGACAACAUCAGCGUGGACGAAAGGGCAACGUGAAAGCUGCGUAGAUGUAGAAUUCAUUCAUCAUCAUCACUAUUUGUAUUUUAAUUAUUCAUGCAAACACUUUAUUGUAUUGUAAAUGUACAGUAUGAGAACAUUAAAAGACAUUUUUGUAUUGCUUGUGUGUUUAAAUAAACUAUUCUUUUGAUUUAAA